AUGUUGUGUGGUAUUCCUUACCCAGUAAAGCCUAGAAAAAAGAAGAAUGGAGAAGAAGAACAGCCAAAGUCCUCUCUCAGUAAUCAGUACCGAAUUGUUACACCCACAUUCCAGUAUAAUAUGGACUACAAGAAAGUUGGCAAAUGUAUUAUUAUAAACAACAAAAAUUUUGAAGACAAAACAGGAAUGGGUACACGCAAUGGCACUGACAAAGAUGCUGGAGAUCUAGCUAAGAGUUUUAGAAACUUAGGUUUCGAGGUAUGCACAUACAAUGACCGAAGCCGUGAUGAUAUGGAAAAAUUACUGAAGCAAGCUGCUGAGGAAAAUCACAGUGAUGCCGCUUGUUUUGCCUGUAUCCUUCUAAGCCAUGGGGAAGAAGGUCUCAUCUAUGGCACUGAUGGACCCAUGGCUAUCAAGAGUUUGACUGCGCUGUUCAGAGGAGACAAGUGUAAAAGCCUUAUAGGCAAACCCAAAUUAUUUUUCAUUCAGGCAUGCAGAGGCUCUGAAUUUGAUGAAGGUAUACAGACUGACUCUGGACCUGCAAACGACACUCUGGAAACCGAUGCCAACCCGAGAUACAAAAUCCCAGUAGAAGCAGAUUUUCUGUUUGCAUAUUCCACAGUGCCAGGUUAUUACUCCUGGAGGAAUCCUGGAAGAGGCUCCUGGUUUGUGCAGUCCCUGUGCUCUGUGCUAAAUGAGCAUGGAAAACAACUUGAGAUCAUGCAGAUCCUCACGCGGGUCAACUAUGUGGUUGCCACAAACUUUGAAUCACAGUCUGAUGAUCCACGCUUCAGCGAGAAGAAGCAGAUUCCCUGCGUGGUCUCUAUGCUCACUAAGGAACUUUACUUCUGAAAGUGUAUUUUAAUGCAGCCAGUGAUGAAAGAUCAGGAUAUGGUUUUGGGUAGAGAUUUGAUUAUAAACUGGAGUAACACAUUCUUAACAACAGAAAUGAAUUACACGAGAUUUUUAUAU